UGCGAGCCGAGCGCAGAUUUGUCAAUUGGGAACAAACCCACGUUUCUUUUAACACCGUUCUACGAAAGUCACGCGAUAAAACCGCGGCUCUUUGAUCGCCAGAAUUAGCUGAGCAACAUGCGUGAGAAACGGGACCAGUCAGUGACCAUGUCACUGUCCCAGCCAAAGGGGUGAAGUCUGGCCACACCCGGGAGAUUUUAAACUUCCCAGAAGACCCAACCAGAUCAAGUUACAGUGAAGAUGAAGCUUCUUUCAUUCUGUCCUAGCUCUGCAGUGAGCACUUCUCUGCCUACUUUGAUCAUUUUCUUCAUUAUUUAUCACAUUCACAAGCUGGAAUCAGCCCAGUUCAAUGUGACAGGUCCUGGUCACCCUGUCACUGCUGUUGUGGGUGAGGCCACUGUGUUACCCUGUCACCUGUCCCCCAGGAUGAGCGCUGAGAACAUGGAGGUGAGAUGGUUCCGAUCUGAUUUCCUUUCAUUUGUGCACCUGUAUCAGCAUGGGAAGGAUCAAUACGGGAACCAGAUGCCAGACUAUCAUGGAAGGACAGAGCUUUUGAAAGCUGGCAUCACGGAUGGGAAUGUUUCCUUGCAGAUUCUUAAUAUCAGACACUCAGAUGAAGGACAAUACAACUGUUUUGUUCAAGACGGUUCUUUUUAUGAGGAAGCCCCAUUGGAACUGAAGUUAGCAGCUUUGGGCUCCAAUCCUCUCAUCUCUGUGGAGAGCCACCAGGAUGGAGGGAUCCGGGUGGUUUGUCAGUCGGCUGGGUGGUACCCAGAGCCCAAGGUGCUAUGGAGAGAUCGCAGUGGGCAAGAAUUACCAUCACUGUCUGAAGCAAAAUCCCUAGGGGAUAGUGGCCUGUUUGAAACAGAAAAUUCUAUUAUUAUAAAAGACCAUUCAAACCAGAAUCUGUCCUGUUGGGUCAGGAACACCUUUCUCAAUCAAGAAAAGGAAUCAACAGUUUAUAUAGCAGAUUUCUUUUUCCCGAAGGUGAAUCCAUGGAUGGUGGCUCUGAGUGUGAUUCUCCUGGUUUUCUUUGUUUGUUUCAUUGGCCUCACUCUUUAUCUAUUUAAAAUGAAAGGGAAACAUCUUGGAGAAAUCAGGAAACGUGAUACAGAAAUCGAUGAUCUUCAGCGAGAACUUGACUGGAGAAGAAACAUCGUCUGCCCAGUGAAUGUGACUCUGGAUCCAGACACGGCUCAUCCCCAACUUGUCCUGUCUGAGGAUCGGAAAAGUGUGAGAUGUGGAGAUACACGGCAGCAACUGCCCAACAGCCCUGAGAGAUUUGACACUGAUCCCUGUGUGCUGGGCUGUGAGGGAUUCACCUCGGGGAGACAUUGCUGGGAGGUGGAGGUUGGGGAUGGGCGAUACUGGGCUGUGGGGGUGUCCAGAGAGUCUGUGGGGAGGAAGGGACAGAUCAGCCGUAGCCCUGAGGGGGGGAUCUGGGCUGUGGAGCGGGACUGGUGGGGUCAGUUCCAGGCUCUCACCUCCCCUGCGACCCCACUGCCCCUGAGCCGGGUCCCCAGCAGGAUCCGGGUUUGUCUGGACUGCGACCGGGGGCUGGUGACAUUUAUAGAUACUGGUGACGAGGCCCCGAUCUUCACUUUCCCGCCGGGCUCUGUCCCUGGAGAGAGAAUCCGACCCUGGCUCUGGGUGUGGAUGGGAUCCCAGCUCAGACUGUCCCUGAGACACACAGCGAAGGGGGUAUCCGGAAAUCAGCCUCUCGGACCUCAGGCUCUGUGAUCUUGGAGGGCUCCCAUCUACCAGCCCCUUUCUCCUCAUCGCUGUGACCCCUGGAAGUGCCUCCCCAUCCCUCUGUGCAGUACCAGGGAUGGGAGGGGGUAGAACUAACAGCUGGGCUGAGGACAGGUGGAGGUGAGGGUGGCAGGGUCACAGCAUUGAUCAAUCACGGUUUGGGGGGUUGGGGAGAAGCAGCAGCAGCAGGGAGUGGUUUGUACAGAUCAGUGUCCUUAGAUCUCAUUGAGGGCUCCCAGCCCGGGAUCAGCAUGAGGGGAAGGGAUAAGAUCAGGGAAAGAAGGGAGCAGCCAAGGGGGAAUCAUCUGUGACAGGGAGGAGAGACACAGGGAAAUAAAGCAGGAUGGAAAGUGAGGCUAGAACAAUAAUGAAUAGAAAAGGACAGUAUGGAAGGAAAGGGAACAUGAGCGGGACGGAGAGAUUUAUUACAGAGAUUUAUUUUGCCUCUGUCUUCACAGACAAGGUCAGCUCCCAGACAGCUGCACUCUGCAGCAGGGUAUGGGGAGGAGGUGACCAGCUCUCUGUGGAGAAAGAAGUAGUUCGGGACUAUUUAGAAA